AAGCAAUUGCAAGAUCGGCUAUAGCGGCAUUUUGGUAGUUUGGUUUGUGUUGUUCGAUUGGUGAGUUUAUUUUGUUUGGUACGGUAGUGCGCGUAAUUAAAGUUGAUAUGUGGGAGAACGUUAAAUACAUCGCUUUCGAAAAUAUUAAGUGAAAUUUGAUAGUAUUUCUUCAUAUGAAUCUUAGAUAAUUCAAUUCAGAUUCGAUGCGGAUCAUAUGCGCUUACGCGUUGCUUUGUUUACAUUUGCUAGCUAGUGCGGUAUUGUGAUUUCAAGUAAAUUUUCAACAAUACGACAAAUUUACAUAUAUACCAAAUAGUGUUUGACAUCAUGCCAAUCUUUUGUAAGGGAACCGAUAGAUCAAAUGUGCUAUUACUAUCGGGACUUAAUUAAAGUGUGCUUGUAACAAAUAAAAAAUAAGUGUCACGCUGAAAUGAAGUACUUGAUCAAAUGAAUCAAGCGACUAACGAAUUUCGAUCAMGUCAACUCAACCUACAAAUAUAAUAAAAAUAUAUUUAUAAUAAAUAUAUUUGUGACAACGAAACCGUUUUGGCGUAGUUUUACUAAGCUGUAUUUGUGUGUGUUUGCUUUUGUCACAAUUGAUCGCAUUUUUAAUUGCAGCCAUAAUUUGCCAACAUAAAUUCAAUUAAACUUACUAAUUGCUCCGUUCGCCCAACCUUUGUUAAGUGAAUAUGUAUGAGAUAGACGAAAGAUAAUUGCAAGUGUCACGCUACUUCAUGAAAAAGGUCAAUUACAAAUAAAAGAAAAACAAACAUACAUAACUAAUGUUUUUGUGUUGGUAAGUGCGCUUGUGCAAAUUUUGUGUAAAUUGAAAAAAAAAGUGUCGGGAAAAAUGUAUACGAAACGCCCACCCAUUAAAGUGCUCCAUCUUAAAGGUAAAGUAAGUUUCCGUCAUGGGUCGAAUUUAGAGUUGCUGCCUUGUGUUGUGAAUAGAAAACUUGGUGGWAUAGCUGCUCCGAUGUAUGUGACAUUUUUGAUAUUGCUUUACGCCAGUAAUUUCGAUCUUACCAAAGCGCRGGCGGCUGGUAAGGACCCUGCCACAGCAGAUAUAACUGCUACGACGCUUACAGCAACAACUGCACAUGCGAAUCACAAGCAACAUCAUCGUAGUACACUGCAAUACGCACACAAUAAUUUUACCCAUUUGCAAGAAAGAAGUGCAACAGAUUUUAUGGCGGAAAAGGGUGGCGUUAGCGCUGGUAGCAGUAUGCCAGAUGUUSCGGUACCUUUGGCGGCGCGUACAUCAGAUGCCCGAACAAAUGCAG